AUGCCACAAUUGUUCAAAGGUAUAGUCUAUAAAACUGUGAUGCGUCCGGCUAUGCUUUAUGGUUCUGACCGUUUUGAAUGUCGCGGAUCCCAAAAGGCUCACGACAACUGCUUGUAUGUAGCAGAAUUGCAAAUGUUAAGGUGGUCUUUGGGACUGACUCUCAAAGACAGGGUCAAGAAUGUUGCCAUCAAAGACAGUCUCGGAAUUCCGCACAUUGUGGAGAAGGCAAGAGAAAAGCGCUUGAGGUUGUACGGUCACAUCAUGCGUCGUAACGACCAUCACAUGAUCCGUCGCAGCAUUGACAUGGAAGAGAUAAAACGAGGUCCAGGAAUGCCUCCGACGACGUGGAAAUCCACAAUUCGGGAGAGUGGUCUCAGGAUUGCUGAGACGCAGGAGCACGCCACUUGGCACCUUCGAAAUAGGAGGGCCGACCCCCUGUAA